AUGGCAAACUUUUUUGCAUCAAGGACCUUCACUGCACUCUCUGAUCUGCAUCCAAAUAUGGCUAAUCUGAAAAUAAUUGGUAUUGUUAUUGGGAAAACAGAUGUCAAAAGCUUUCCAGACAGAAAAAAUAUUGGAUCAGAAAGGUACACUUUCAGCUUCACACUUCGGGAUUCACCAACCUGUUUUGUAAAUGCAGCAUCCUGGGGCAAUGAAGAUUACAUCAAGUCACUUUCGGACAGUUUUAGGGUUGGUGAGUGUGUGAUAAUUGAAAAUCCCCUGAUCCAAAGAAAGGAAAUAGAAAGAGAAGAAAAAUUCAGCCCUACCACUCCUAGCAACUGUAAACUAUUGCUCAGUGAGAAUCACUCAACGGUAAAAGUUUGUUCCAGUUGUGAAGUGGACGCCAAGUUACUUUCUUUGAUACAUUUGCCAGUUAAAGAGUCUUGUGAUUAUUAUUCAUUGGGUGACAUUGUUGCAAAUGGACCGAGUCUUAAUGGAAAGAUUAUUAACGUGCUUGCAGCUGUGAGGUCGGUUGGGGAGCUAAAGUACUUUACAACUUCAGACCGAAGGAAAGGCCAGAGGUGUGAAGUUAAACUCUACGAUGAAACAGAGUCUUCUUUUUCAAUGAUAUGUUGGGAUAAUGAGUCCAUUCUACUUGCACAGAACUGGAUGCCACAAGCAACAGUAAUAUUUGCCUCAGAUGUAAGAAUAAGUUUUGACAAAUUUCGGAACUGCAUGACAGCAUCUGUAAUCUCAAAAACCAUUAUUACAACUAAUCCAGAUACACCAGAAGCUAAUAUCUUACUGCAUUUUAUAAGAGAAAAUAAAGACACAAAUGUUCUAGAUGAUGCAAUUGACAAUUAUUUGAAAGAAUCCAUAAAUUGGUUUUCUGAAUAUGUGCAGAAGACCCUGUACAGGACCAUUGAUUCCAGCUGCGGUUACAUUGUAAAUGAAGCAUCUAACACUUGUACAACUUGCAACAAAGAUUCAGCAAAAUUUAAGUCUGUUUUUCUCAGCUUUGACAUGCUAAUUGAUCUUACUGAUCACACAGGUACCCUUAAUUCCUGUAGUCUCACAGGAAGUGUUGCUGAGGAGACGUUGGGCUGCACGUUUGUUUUAUCACACAGAGCAAGGAGUGGAUUGAGAAUUACCAUACUCUCCUGCAAACUUGCUGAUCCCGUUGAGGCAAGCAGAAACUUGUCUGGACAAGGGCAUGUUUAA